AUGCCCAAAAACGAAGUGGCCGUUACCGUCUUCGAGUAUGAUGACUCGGAGAGCGAGAUAGUCGCUGGCCUCAACGCCCUGGCCCUUACGCCAUCCACAUCGUCCGAGCUUCCCAGCAAACGCAUGACUCUCAUGGAGCAAUGGAACGAUUACUUCAAAAAGGGCGACCUUGAAGACUUUCAGCGUCUGUGUGUCGAUCUAGACCUUCCUGGUGAUCUGCCUAGCAAGACAAAAUGCCGACAAGCGCUCAAGGGCGUACACGUCAACAUCAUUCAAUUCCUGGCAUGUGACGAUAAGCCCCAUGAAUUAAAGUUCUUCAAGAAUAGACGGGCGCUUGCCCGUUGGACGAGGAAGAAUAAUGCGUUCUUCCCCCGACGCAAACUACCCAAUGGUAGCCCACUGCGAACAUUGUUGAAGAUAAUGGGCAACUAG